GUUUCAAAGUCAGGUGAUUUUAUUGUCGGGUUAAGAGUUGCUCAGAAUGAUGACGAGCUCUCGUUUGAGGAAGAUAAUGUUUUAUAUAUUUUGGAAAACGACGAUGAAGAGUGGUGGAAGGCAAAACUAAAGAUCAACGGUGAUGAAGCUGAUAAUGGCCCAAUCGGUCUAGUGCCUGGAAAUUAUCUUCAGGAGGCGGAACACACGGAUACGCUGAAAGCUCUUUUUGAUUAUGAAGCAAAGAAUGACGACGAGUUAACCUUUAAAGAAAACGACUUGAUGUAUUUGUAUGAGAGAGACGAUGAUUGGUUUUUGGUUAAAUUGGGUGACUCUUUCGGUUACGUUCCUAAUAAUUAUGUAGAGGAAGAGAAAGAGAAAGAGAAAAGCGUGGCUAAACCAAAAUUUUUAUUAAAUGGAUUAUCGAAUACAUCAGAUAGCACUAAAUAUGUUGAUCCAUUAAAAGUAUAUGCCCAACAAAAUGUUCAUAAAAAAUCUGGUUUAUCUUCAGAUGUAAAAACUUGGCAAGUCACAUUGAUAACGAAAAAUGAUAAGAAGAAAGAAAAAAAGAAGGGAACGAUAGUUGUUGGAGAUGGUAAAAUUGUAUAUGCUAGUCAAUCAGAUAAGGCACCAGUACAAGUUUUCAACAUCACAGAUAUUAUUGACAUCAAACAUGAGAAGAAACAUAUUAUAAUUCAAUUUGGCGGAGCAAAGACGACAACAUUUGAUUUCCAAUCAAACAAACACUCUGAAAUAUUCCAGAAGAUCAUAGAUUGUCGCACUAGCUUAGAAAUACCAACCGUUAAACCACCAAUAACUACCAGAGUUGCUUUAUAUGAUUUCAAUGCACAAGGUGAUGAUGAAAUAUCAAUUCGUGAAGGUGAUAAGUUAUGGAUUAUUGAUGAUGUCAGUAGCGAUGAUUGGUGGAGAUGCAGAAAAGGUGAAGAAGAAGAAAGAAUUAGACAACUAGAAGAAAAAAGGCUUAGGGAACAAGAAAAUCAGAGAAAAGCUUUACAAAAACCACCUACUCCUCCUCCUGCCUUACCUACACGACCAUCCGCUCGUUCCAAGUCUGCUUCAGAAGAGGAGGAUGUUAUAAAGAAAAUACAAACUCCAACAAAUCGUGCAUUACCUGAAAGACCAGCUCAAGCACAAUCUAAAUCCAAGCCUAUUCCAUCAAAUACUAGAACUUGGACUGAUAGAACAGGAACAUUUAAAGUAGAAGCGGAAUUAUUAAAUGUUGAUGAUGGGAAAGUAUAUCUUCACAAACUUAAUGGUAACAAAAUAGCAGUACCACUUGAUAAGAUGAGUAAACGAGAUCUUGUUUAUAUUGAGGAGGUGACUGGCGAAAAAUUGGAUGAUAAUAGUGAUGAUACACCAUUAGCAACAAUAGCUGCUGCGCAUAAAAACAAGUCGGCAUUAACCAAUAAUAAUAGUAAGGAACAAAAAUAUUCUGAUAAAAUAAAAAAAAAUGUUAGUUUUGGAGAUACAAGUAUUAUUAUUCAGGAUAAUGAUAAAUAUUCUAAUGCGACCAAGUCUGAAGAAAUUGAAAAGCCAAAGCAUAUGUCAGAAUUUGAUCGUAAAAUGCAGUUGAAACAUGCAGACCCAUAUUCUAAUUUGGAUUCAAUUAUACAACGAGAAGAAAAAAAACCAGCAUCACAAUCUACAUCACAAUUGUUCACGGCUGAUAAUGGAGUACUGAAAAAUAAUACAAAGAAAACUCGGCCACAGCCUACCAAGUCCGCCUCAAUUCAAGUUGAUGCUUUAAGUCUACAAACAUCAAAAGAUAAAAUUGAAGCAGCAUUUAAACCAUCAGGAUCAGUCACAGCGUCAUCAACUUCAAUGAAAUCAAAAUCAUCAAUUAUAGAAAAUACAUUUGAUGAUGAUGCAUGGGUUAACAAUAAUUCAUCAAAGCUUUUUGCUGCAACUCCAGUAAAAAAUUCAGCAACAACAUUUCAAUCUUCAAACUCCUCAUUAAACAUUAAUCCGUAUAGCCAACUAUCUCCUUCCCAAAGUCAAUUUAAUAAUCAAUUUCAAUCUUCAAACCCCUCCUCAUUAAACAUUAAUCCAUAUGGCCAACAAUCUUCUUCUCUAAAUCAAAUCCAACAAUUUCCAAAUCAACAACAACAAGUCACACAAUUUGAUCCACAAAACGUUUUUGCAUCAAUGAGAAAAGGCCAAAUUGGCCCUGGGGCUUCAACUAACAUGGCGAGCACUAAUUCUUCGGAUGAUAAAUAUGCUAUUUUCAGACAAAUCGAUCCUAAUUCACAAAGUGUUUUUAAUAAUACAUCACAAAACAUAAAUCAACAAGGUGUUGGUGUAAAUAAUGCAGGUUUUGGUGUAAAUAAUGCAGGUUUUGGGUAA